AUGAGAGUUGAGAUACAAAAGAAUCGAGAAUUAUCAAACCUAGCUAUAGCCGCCAACACGCCCGUUCCAGGCGAUGGAAGACCUCCAAUUCACUUUCCUUCUCCAAGUUCAAGUACGGAACACGUUCAAAACCCAUCCUUAAACCCCACACAAAAUGCCUUUAUUAUUGACCUCACCACUUCCAACCUCCAUCAUGCUUCUGCUUCCUACCAAGCACCACCUCACCCUCAAAAUACCAAUCCCCAAAGCUUUCCUCCCCCACAAAACACCAACCCUCAAGCCUGUCCUCCACCACAAAACCAAAAUGUUAACAAUCCACAGACCUUUCCCCAUCAUCAAAAUCAGCAUACUAACCGUCAAACAUUCCCCCAAAAUUAUCAAGUCCCUCAAAAUACACCAAAUCCUCCCAUUAUCCCUCCCCUGCCUCAAAAGACAGCUUUCCAAAUUCCAAUCUCAAAUGAGCCCUAUACCAACGGUUCCGAACUUGAUCACUAUGAAGAACAAGAAAGGGAGUGGAGGACCAAAGAUGAAGUAACCAAGCAAAGCAUGAAAGAGGAAAUUAUAAAAGCUAUGAAAGAGUUUCACUAUACCCCGGAUGUGGUUGGUUUGAAUUAUGAAGAUUUGUGUAUCCAUCCAGAUCUGGACCUUCCUGAAGGGUUUAAAGUACCUAAAUUUGAUACUUUUGGUGGAACUGGGAAUCCUUUGGCUCAUUUGAGAGCCUAUUGUGAUCAACUCGUAGGAGUUGGGAAGAAUGAAGCUUUAUUAAUGCGACUCUUUAGCCAAAGCUUAAGCGGAGAGGCCUUGGAAUGGUUUACUUCUCAAGAGAUGAAACAGUGGCCAAAUUGGAAUGCUUUGGCUAAAGAGUUCAUCGAAAGAUUUGCUUACAAUGUGGAGAUCGUUCCCGAUCAUUACUCUUUGGAGAAAAUCAAACAAAAGUCUACUGAAAGCUAUCGAGAGUAUGCCUACCGUUGGAGGAAAGAGGCUUCCCGAGUGAGACCUCCCAUGACUGAAAAGGAGAUUAUUGAAGUCUUUGUACGCAAUCAAGAGCCUGAGUACUAUGAUAGGAUAUUGUUGCUCGUAGGAGCGAAAUUUGCUGAGGUGGUCAAAAUUGGUGAGACCAUCGAAGACGGUCUUAAGACCGGAAGGAUUACUUGUGUGGCUAUCCAAACUAGUUCCUCAGAUUUGUUCAAAAAGAAAAGAGAAGAUGUGUCCUUUAUUUUUCAUACGCCUAAUAGAAGGAUACAAAGAUCAUCCAGUUUUAGCUCCAGAAAAACCUCACCUUCCAAAAUAUAUCCCCCAUCUCCACAAAAUCCCUACCCAAUUUUUUACGUCCAAUCAAGUUAUGAAACCCUGCCUCCUAAUUACCUACCUCCACACUAUCAAAAUGCUCCUCGUGGCUACCAAACUCAACAGCGCCCAAAUUUCCGAACUCCCGCAGCUUUCCGCCAAAAUCGUCCUAGUUACCGGCAUGUACCCCCACCCCCACAAAAUAACUAUAACCUUACCCAACCCAAUUUUGAAAAUAGGCCUGCUAGGAGUUUUACUCCUCUCGUGGAAAGUCGGACUAAGCUGUUCGAAAGGCUAAGAGAUGCAGACAUUAUUCAUCCCAUUGCGCCUAAAUCAGCUGAUACAAGCUCUAGAUUCUUCAGAGCUGACCAAAUAUGUGCAUAUCAUUCGAAUAGUGUAGGGCAUGAUACUGAAACUUGUGUCAAUUUGAGGCACAAAAUUCCGGAUUUGAUUGAUCGCGAGGUCGUCACUCUCCAAACCGCCACUCCCAAUAUUAAUAAUAACCCCCUGCCGAAUCAUGAAGGGGUGAAUGUUAACAUGAUUGAAGUUGGAAAAGAUUGGAAUGCCGAUAGCCUAGACAAAUCUGACAAUCUUAAAAAGCCUCUUCCUCAUGUGUGUCAGUCGUUUUCAGUGCAAGAGCCUGUCAAUAAUGUUGGUCUAGGAGAAGGAGUCAGUGAUGCUAUGAUAAUCGAGACGUCAGGCAUAUGA